AUGAAACGGCUUUUGCGUCGCGCUCCAGUCACGCACGGCGUCAACACUGAACGCCGCCAGUCCACUGCCUUGCAUUUCUAUCAAAACAGGCAGCUGGAGUUGUAUGCAUCGAAGCAGACCAAGAGGUUAACCCUGAGGCAGCUGGUCUUCUUUGGCCGAUCUAUGAAUGAGGAGCGGUUAAUCCAGAGCGGGAAUUAUGUUCGGACCGAACUACCUGUUCGUAUAGCACAUCGCAUACGGGACCUCCAAGCUCUACCAUAUGUCGUAGUCACGCAGGAAGGCGUAGCCCGGGUCUAUGAGCUAUACUGGUCCGCAUUCGAGAAAUUCCGCCGGUAUCCAGAAAUCAAAACCUUGUCCGACAACGAGGCGUUCUGCGCAUUCCUGCGUGACAUUCUCGAAGAACAUGCGGCAGUUAUCCCUAGCCUUUCUCUCGGGUUAUCACUGUCAUCCCCUUAUCUCCCUCCGGACCAGCUGGAUUCUUUCAUGCGACGCAUGCUAGUCUCGAGAAUAUCUCGGCGCGUCCUUGCAGAGCAUCAUAUAGCUCUGUCAGAACACUUUGCGCGGCGCGAUUCACGCUCUGGGGAUGUCGGUAUCAUCGAUACUGGCUUAAACAUCAGCGAGAGCGUGAACAAAUGCGUGAAAUUCCUUAGGGACCGUCGAUUUGAUCUUGAGGAAGAUGGAGUGGACAUGCCAGAUCAAGAUAAAGAGUGGCCGGAAGUCGUAGUGGAGGGCCAUCUGAAUGCGAAGUUCUCGUAUAUCAGGGAACACCUCGAAUACAUAGUCUUCGAACUGCUGAAGAAUUCGAUGCGUGCUACUGGAUUGAAACAUCUCGACAAGUCUACGUUGCCCCCUAUACAUGCAACCAUUGCUGCUAGUACUGACGAAAUCGGAAUCCGCAUAUCAGAUCAAGGCAUGUCUUCCACUUCCGGAAGAGUAAUCAAAGCGUCACCACAAGACCUUUUCUCUUUCUCCCAUACCCGCAACGCUGCGCGUUUGGAAACGUCGCGAAUCGGAGCGCUUCGCACAGUCAGCUCCAGUAAACAGGGCAUGAAAGCUACCGUCGACGAACAACUACAGUGGUGGAAGCGACGCAGACGGGACUCCGCACCAAGCUUUGAUGUUGAUGCGCGGUCGGAUGAUAUCGAGACGGAGGCAGGCGUUGCCCCUCAUCCCAGAAUCGGUAUUGGACUGCCGAUGAGUAACAUUUUCGCGAGGUACUUCGGAGGUUCCCUUGAACUCAUCUCUUUAGACGGUUGGGGAACCGACGCCUAUAUCCGUCUACCGAAAUUAGGAACAAACCUCGAAGGUAUCGAAUUAUGACAAACAGCGCACAACUAUCACACCCCACAUUAUGCAUGUGAGAUCUAACGACGCUUAACGACAAAGCCCGGCGCGCCGGACCUAUGUCACCCGCGAUGGACCUCCUACUGCCCGGCAACUACUCGUUUUGUGUCAAGCCAUCCACUGCGGUAGUGUAGAAACUGCACAACAUGGUGAUUGCGGCUUAGGAGCAGAGCCACGCCCUCAUCGCUUGUAUUGCGCGGCCUUCUUCGUCAUAUAGACACAACUCACAAGAGGUACUUUGCUUCUGAGCCAGG